AUGAUUUCAUUAAAGCUAUUUAGAAGUGCAACGAUACUUCGUCAAUCAACUACCGCGACUGCUACUGCAGGUAGUUUAGGUAGUUAUGUUUCAGGUCGAUCAUUCUUGUCAUCAACUACUAUUACUACUACAACUACUACAAGUCAAUUAAACAAUAAUAAUAAUAACUAUAGAUUAAUAACAUCACCAUCAACUAGUAUACUAUCAUCAUUUACAAUUAAUAAUAAUAAUAGUAAUGGUAUUCAACAAAGAUACAUGUCAACCAAGAAGAAGGAUGAUAAAGGUGAAGAAGUUGUUGUAAAUGAUAAAGAUAAAGAAAAGAAAAAGAAAAAGAAAACAACUGAAACGUCAUCAACUACAACUACUACACCAAAGGUAGCAAAAAAGGUAUCACCAUUAUUGAAACAAUCAAAACUACCACUCAAUGCAGCCAUCCCUAAAAAGAGAGGUAGACCAUCUGCUGCAUCAGUAGCUGCUGCUACAUCAUCUUCAUCAUCAUCAUCAUCAUCAUCAACCACUACUGAAAAGGAAAAAGAAAAGAAAAAGAAGACAGUUAAACCUUAUAUUACAAACCCAAAAGAUAGGAAAUUCCUUGAAUCAAUGGGUCUACCAACAGGUGCCCCAAAACGUAAAAAGAGAAACAGUCUUGGUGAUGUUCAAGUCAAUGUGUUGGCAUACCCAAUCUUUGAAAAGGUUGUGUACCCCGGAUCGUUUGCCUAUUUCCCUAUUAAUGACAAGGACUACAAGGCACUUGGAUCACCAGUACAAUUGGCCUUGUUUAUGGUGACACCAGAGAUUCGUGAACAGUACGGUGGAAAGAAUCGAUCGGAAUUCCAUCUCACCUCAUUGGACCAAAUCAAUCAUACCGGUGUAUUGUGCGAGAUUAAAGGACAGGGCAAAUACAUUGAAGGUAUCCAAAGAGUUGAAAUCGAUGACAAAAUCUCUGAGCGUAGGCUAAGAGAGGACCGUGAAAAGGAGGAAGCAAACCUUAGACAAUUGGCCAAAGAGUUUAAGAUUACCGUCACACAACCACCCACUCAACGACCACUCAGAGUUGUUGCAACCAAAAUACCAGACGAUCCAGUCAAAGAUCGCGAUCAAGUAAAACUUCGUGCACUCUCUCUUCAAUUGGCCAAACGUAUUCAAAUGCUAUCACUCAAGUUCCCAGAAUCAUCGUUUACUCAACAAUUCCAAACACUCUCUGAAAAUUAUAGAAUUAGAAUCUUGGAAGAACCUGGUAAAAUGUCUGAUUUUGUUGCUUCCCUUUGUCGUGAUUCUCCAAUUGAUUAUCAAAAAAUAAUUGAAUGUACAGAUAUAUUAGAAAGAUUAGAAUCUGUAUUACCAUUGGUACAAACACAAUUUCAAUUAAAUGAAUUUAAUUCAAAGAUUGAAAAACAUAUUGAUGAAAAGACUGCAAAACAACAGAAAAAGUUCUUUUUAACCGAGCAGAUGAAGAUGAUUAAACAAGAGUUGGGCAUUGAACAAGAUGAAAAGGUGACAUUGAGCAAAAAGUUUAAUGAACGUUGGGAAAAACUCAAUGUCAAAGAUGAACAAGUCAAACAAGUGUUCAAGGAGGAAAUGGACAGAUUGUCAAGCUUGGAACCAUCAUCGUCUGAAUACAAUGUAACUAGAAACUAUUUGGAAUGGAUUACAUCGUUGCCAUGGAAUGUCACUACCAAUGACAACUUUGAUAUCCCAUCAAUCAAAGCAUCACUAGAUAGAGAUCACUAUGGUUUGGAUGAUAUUAAAGAGAUGAUUAAAACAUUUAUUGCAGUUGGAAAGUUACGUGGAUCAGUUGGUGGAAAGAUCAUUCUAUUGGUGGGGCCACCAGGAACAGGCAAGACUUCAAUUGGAAAGUCUAUUGCUACGGCACUCGAUCGUCAAUUUUAUAGAUUUUCGGUGGGUGGUAUUUCAGACGUUGCAGAGAUUAAAGGACAUCGUAGAACGUUUGUUGGUGCCAUGCCUGGAAAGAUCAUUCAAGCUCUCAAAACUGUAAAGACAUCCAACCCAGUCAUUUUAAUCGAUGAAAUUGACAAGAUCUCAAAGGGUAGUCACAGCGAUCCAUUUGCAGCUCUCCUCGAAGUAUUGGACCCACAACAAAACAAAAACUUUUUGGAUCAUUAUAUGGAUAUCCCUUACGAUCUUUCAAAGGUUUUGUUCAUCUGCACUGCCAAUCUUACUCAUCCAAUCCCUGCUCCUCUCUUGGACAGAAUGGAUGUAAUGAGAUUAAAUGGUUAUAUUCAAGCUGAACAAAUUGAAAUUGCAAAUAAUUAUAUUGUACCAUCAGUAAAAUCUGAAACUGGUAUUGGUGAUGAUAAAUUAAUGAUAACAAAAGAAGCAAUUAAACAUUUAUGUGAAUAUUGGUGUAGAGAAUCAGGAGUUAGAAAUUUAAAGAAAAUGAUUGAAAGAAUGUUUAGAAAGGUUGCAUUUAAAUUGGCAUCGAAUCCAGAGUCAAAUGAACUCAUUACUAUUACACCAGAAAAUUUAGAAGAAUUUGCAGGUUUACCAAAAUAUAGAGUUAAAAAAUACUAUCAAACUCCUGUACCUGGUAUCGCUCUUGGUUUGGGUUGGUCUGAAAAUGGUGGUGUCCCACUCUAUGUUGAAAGUGUUGUCGAUCUCUAUCAACCAUCAGCAGGUCUAAGAGCAACAGGUUCACUUGGUGAUGUAAUGAAAGAAAGUAUUGAAAUUGGUUAUACCUAUGUUAAAAGAUAUUUAGAAUUAAAUGUUGAUCCAAAAAACAAAUUUUUUGAAAAGAAUGCAAUUCAUAUUCAUGCACCAGAAGGAGCAACACCAAAAGAUGGACCAAGUGCAGGUAUUACAAUGAUUACAUCAUUACUUUCACUUGCGACAGGUAAGCCAAUUCAACCAAAUUUGGCAAUGACAGGUGAAAUCACUCUAACAGGCAAGGUCAUUCCAGUUGGUGGUAUCACUGAGAAAUUGAUUGCUGCCAAGAGAGAAGGAGUCAAAAAGGUUGUCCUACCAAAAGACAAUAGAAAGGAAUUAGAAGAUAUCCCAGAAUUUGUAAAGGAAGGUUUACAAAUCUAUUUGGCCAAUUAUUACUCUGAAGUUGCCGAUGUUGCUUUUAAUGAAACUCCAACUCUUCAACCCGUCGAAAUUAAAACUAGAAAGUCAAUUGAUUAA